GUAGAAAUUCAGAGCAUCAAAAUCUUGAAUGUGUUUUAAAAUGAAAUCAAACUUGUCUUUAUUGACUUGAUUAACAUGAAAGUCCAACCAAUUAGUCUCACAGUGUCUCAUCUGAGGAGUGUUUCAAUACUUCAAUUCAUCAACAAUUUUAUUGGCCGAUAAGAUGUCAGAUCUGAUAAUUUUCAUUGAUUUUGAUUGGCUGAGAAGCAUCAUUACUAUGGUUAAUGUCGGAUAAAACGUUAGUAUCGAUAAGUCCUUUCGUGAAAUGUUCUCCUGAUCACUGAGCUGAGCUGUGUACAAAUCAAUGAAUCUCGCAGAUCAACGAAAUUACACCACCUGCCUGAAAUAUGUACAGCUUUCGUCGGCUAACUUCAGUUUUCCGCAACAAGGAGGUCAACCACCAAGGAGGCACGCAUGUUGCUUCUCCACCUCGAGUUUUCGUAAAAGAAAUUAAAAAUGCCCGAAGUUAAGUGCCAUUAUGAAGUGUUGGGUGUUCCUAGAGACGUUGAAGAUGAUGACCUAAAAAAAGCCUACCGUAAAAUGGCUCUUAAGUGGCAUCCUGAUAAAAACCCAGAUAAAGUAGAAGAAUGUACCAAAUUCUUUGCUCAGAUCCAGACGGCUUAUAGUGUCUUAUCAGAUAAACAGGAGAGAGCUUGGUAUGACAAGCAUAGAGAAGCCAUACUUAGGGGAGGAUUCGGAAAAGACUAUGAAGAUGAUUUUAUGGAUGUUAUGCAGUAUAUGACACCAACAGCAUAUACUGGAUUUGGAGAUGAUGACAAGAGUUAUUACAGUGUAUACAGAGAUGUAUUUGCCAAGAUUGCUGAUGAAGAUAUCCGCUACAUGGAAGACAAGGAUAUGGAUACUGACAUCCCAUGCUUUGGAGAGUCACAGAGCUCAUAUGAAGAGGUUGUGCAUGCAUUUUAUGCAUACUGGCAGAGCUACCGUACCUCCAGGUCAUUUGUAUGGGUAGAGGAGUUUGAUACUCGUGAAGCACCAAACAGACGUGUAGCUAGACUCAUUGAGAAAGAGAACAAGAAGAAAAGAGAAGCUGCCAAGAAGGAAUGGAACCAACAAGUCCAGCUUCUGGUAUCAUAUGUCAAGAAAAAGGACAAGAGAGUUCAAGCUCACCGGAAAUUAAUGGAGGAAAAGGCUGCUGAAAGGAAACGCUUGGAAGCAGAAAGGAGAGAAAAGGAAAGAAAAGAAAGAGCAAGGCUUCAUGCAGAGUUGGCCGAGCAGGGUCAAAAGUUCAAAGACGAGAUGGAAGAACAGCUCAAGGCAAUGGAAGCUACUUUCAACAAUGAAUAUGGAAUAGACAGUGAUGAUAUUGAUUCAGACUCCCAGGCAGACAGUCUUGAGGAUGAACUGGAUGACCUGUUCUGUAUUGCCUGUAAUAAGGGUUUCAAAAGUCCCAAGGCGUUUGCAAAUCAUGAAAACUCUAAGAAACAUAAGGAAAAUAUGGUGUAUCUGAAAGCCCAGAUGGAGGCAGAGGAAGAAGAGUUUGCUGGGGAGGAGAGCGUAGAAGAAGAUCAUGAGCUGGAAGAAGGAGAUGAGGAGGAGAAGGAGGAAGAGAUUGAAGAUGAGGAGGACGGAGAGGUGAAAGAUGAAGAGGAAGAUGAUGAUGAAGAAAUGGAUGGAAUAGAUGGGCAAGCCAAGAUGGAUGGAUCAGAACCACAAAGAAAAAAACUUUCUAAGAAGCAAAAGAAGAAAAGGAGACAGCAAGCAAAACUAGACGAUUCAGAAAAUCAUGUGGAGGAGGAAGAGGUAAUUGAUAUUGCACAACCCAGUGACAACGAAGAUGAGGACUUUCCUGAUAAAACAAAGUUGUCCAAGAAGCAGAAAAAGAAGAGAAGACAGCAGAUGAAGGCUGAUGAAGGUCAAGAACAAGAACCUUUUAAGGAUCUCAAUAUCCAACUCGGUGGUAGGGAAUCAGAGGAAGAGGAAUCCACCAAAACAAAGUCAUCCAAGAAGCAGAAGAAGAGGAGAAGACAACAAAAACAGAUGACAGAGAAGGAAGAAGAGGAGGAAGAUGUGAUUGACCUCGUAUCAAAAUUAGAGAUGGGGAACUCAAAACCAGUCCCAGAUUAUUCUAGGCCUGAAUGCAAAGAUGAUGAGCCAAGUAGUUUAUCAGCUGAUCUGCAGGAGAGAUUGACAUUAGAAGAUGACCAAGAUAAGCAGUCCAGUUCACAUCAUAAAUCUAGUGACAAUGUCAGAGGUAAAACAAAGAAUGGGGAUGUUUCUUCAAGAACCCAGUCAACAUCAUCAUCCGAGCCUCAGAUAUGUCACACUUGUUCUUCACGGUUUCCUACCCGCAAUAAACUCUUCAAACAUGUCAAGACAACAGGACAUGCCUUACGAUUGACAGAGGAUGCAGCUCAACAUCACAAUGUCUCCUCAGCAAAGACAUCAAAGAAGAAGAAGAAACAUAAAGGACGAAAUGAACUAGAAUGAUACUUCAUUUUAUUAUUUUAUUUAAAAUAUUAAAAUAUUUCUUUUUAAUGUACCAACCCUUCCUUGGAUCAUAUGAUUCAGGCCAUGCAAAAUAAACAAAGUAAUGUCAUGCUUCACAACAAUUAUAAAAACAGUACGAUCUUAUUGUCUUCUGCAUUAGUAUCCCUAGUGGCAAUAGCUGAUGACCUGAAUUUCUAUUUACCUCAUUACCCCCCCCCCCCCUCACAUGUAACCAUGUAGUAAUGACCCCUAAGUACCCCUGAUGUAAUAAACAAUACACAUGUACCCCUUCAGUAACCCCUUUCAUCUCUGUCAACCCAAUGUUAUACCCUAAUGCACAUGCUCUGUAUACUUUAUUCUGUCCCAAAAUUGUGUUCUUCAUACUAAUCAGUCGCUGAUGAGCCUUAGGGUGAAACAGUCUGUACGACUAGCUUAGUUAAGCAAUCCAACCAAUAAAUUAUUUACCUCAUUGUUUAUUUGUAACAAUAUGACUCCUCUCUACACCCUCUCCUCUAAAAGCAAACUUGAUAAGAAUUUCCUCCAUAACUUUUAAUAUUUCAUUUUGGUAUUUCUAUUGCCAGAGGUAGUCUGGGUGCUGCUCCUGCGGCAUAGGCGUAUUGCUUUAUAUGGGCACAGGGGUGGCGGAGGAUGGAUAUUCGAGACUUCAGGACACGCUUUGCAUUUGCCCAAGAACCAUCUGUAACACUUACUCCCUCCCUCUCAAUGAAGGAUAUACCUCGACAAAAAAAGCUUUUUUGGGGGGAGGCUGCUUUUCAUUAUCUACUGCCUAAAUCUGCAACAUUGUAUCUAUUGCAACACUUUAGUGAAUGGGGAUUUUCAGGGGUGAAAUCACCUCAAGCGCCCUUGUAAUUGUUUCCCUGAUAUACCCAUUAAUGAAGAAGAUUCCCUUAUAGGAAUCUACCAAGAUUGGUUAAAUCAUGUUAUUAGGAAAUUUUGAGCAAAAUUGUGCAAUAGCCCACUCGAGAAUUUUGCUCAGGUCAGUUGAAAAUUCAUGUAUGGGAGAGACCCCCCCCCCCCAAAAAAAGGCUUUUUGUUUGAAAUAACAUAACAAUGAAGCAGAUCUUAAUUAUUAUUAAUUUCUAAUUAUUUCAAAGCAAUGAUGUGAAAUAUGAAUUAAAAUAAAUAUAUACAUAAAUGAGA